AAGAAUUGAGAGGGUUUAGCUCCAACAUUAAACCAUGCAUAUCUGACCACUCCAUUUUAGGUCCCCAACAAUAUUACUCUACGUACAAGAGAAAUCACCACCCCCACCCCCACCCCCCAAGAUUUUCUCCUGCAACUUUUGCAAUUGCCUGCCUUCUACUUCCAUGGACAAGACUGAGAGAGAGACUCGCGACUUCAUGAACGUCGAGUCUUUCUCUCAGCUACCUUUCAUCCGCCCAGCUCCACCUCUUAAAGAAAAGGGCACCGGCAACAUCAGGCUUUUCGGCAAAGAGUUUGGAGGUAACAGUAACACCACCACCACCACAGACUGCCACUCCAAUCAGUCCAAUGAAAACAACAGCAACAACCCUGCUGCUGAACUAGGAGAUCAGGCAGGCAAGGACAUGAGCAGUGACAACACAGACAUCAUCAGCAACAGGAAAUUUGAAUGUCAUUACUGCUGCAGAAACUUCCCCACUUCCCAAGCUCUUGGCGGCCAUCAAAACGCCCACAAGAGAGAACGGCAACAUGCAAAACGGGCUCAUCUGCAGUCGGCUAUGAUGCAUGGUUGCUUAUCUGAUCCACACGUUUAUGGCCUUACCAACUAUAGUCGUCUAAUUGGAUCAACAGCACCAACUUCUCCUGCUAAUUAUCAAUAUUCUUGCUGGAACAGCAGAAACAGCAGUUAUAGCGCUAAUUCCAGGUCCUUCAGCAGCAGCCACGGCUCGUACCUUAACGCUCAUCACCCAAUACAGCCUAUUAACGGAAGCCCCUUGGCUUUGUGGCGAAUCCCGGCUAGUCAUAGCUCCUCGGUAUUUAGUCGUGAACGAUCUUCAAUAGCGCCACACCCGCAGAUAUCAAUGUUCAAUUCUAACAACGAUCAGAUGAACAAGCCAUUUGCAGCAAUGAGUAGUGGUCUUACUUCCCAGAAGCCUAGCAUGCAAGAUCAUGUAAGCUUGGAUUUACAUCUUUAAUUGACUAUCCAAUUAGAAAUAUUACCUUUCAGGGACAGACAUAAAGUAUUAUAUUUUACCAAUAUUGUUAUUUGAGGA